AUGCAAGACUGGUGCAUUGUCAGCCGCAGGAAGUGGUGGCAGCCAUGUGAAUGUGUAGCCAGUAACAUGAUCUGCUGUUGACAGAACAGGGACAGGUGCUCUAGGCAAACUAAUCCAUACGUGCAUGUUCGACACAGGUCAUCCAUUAAGGUGGAUUGAUUCAAAGCUUUAAAAACUAGUCCUCAACAAUCCAGGCCCGGCCUUCCCUUCCCUGUUGCCAUGAUACGAAAUUGCAGUAAUUCAAAAUGGCCUGUGAUGGAAAGGAAAAGGAAUUUCACUGUUUGCCCAGCUAAUACUGGAAACAUUUUGUCACACAAGAGACGGGAGAACAUUUUUGGAAUUGAAGCCUGAACUAUAUGUAGGACAAACUAAAUGGCUCGAAUGGUUCCAUCAUCUGAAGUGUUACAUACACGAAGGAUGCUUGAGGUUUUAUUUACCCAAAGUUCCAUGCUGCAAUAAAUUAUUCAAUAUAUGUGGUCACUGAAGCUUGAAGCGUGGGCUGAAUAUGUAGGCGGCUUAUUGUCACUGCUUGCAUGACCAAUGCUGAUAAUAGCCACGUGUAAAAGACAACAUACAAACCACUUUUCACUUUGAUUCAAUGUUAUUAUCAAACCUACUCCCACAGGGCCCCAAAUGCCAAAUAAAGGUUUACAGGCAGAGGCCAGACAUCUGCUGCGCUCUGAUUGGUCGACAGGCCAGCAGCAGUCUCACCUGUUAUCCACAGCCCAGUGCAUGGUAAACACCCUCAGUCAGACCUGCAGGGAGAGGAGCCCAUCUGGUCAGGAGCAUUAACAACCAGCUCUUUAACAAUGGCUUCCAGGAAAAGGAGAAGAGCACAACAGGCCAUAUCAGCCAAUAAAAACAGGCUAUGCAUGACAUUUAGCGCCUGAUGCGGGGCUUAGCAGUAUACAGGUUACCUACUGUCCACACCAGCCCCUGGCAAUAAAACACAAGGCAAUCUCACAGAGCGGAAGGAGGGGGAUGGGGGGCGGUGUGUUUCAGCUGUUGAUCUUAUAACGUGUGUAAAAGUGCAGACGGAGCAGCAAGGUAAAAAGGAACGAAAGGAAUUAUUUUAAGGGCGCUUUCACAUAAACAUGGAGCAGAAACAGACGUUUGGUCCGGCAAACAGUAAUAGUGUGUGGAAGUGUCUAAGAAAAAGGGCAGCAAUGUUUUCUUAUGAUAGAGGGAUGUAAAUAGGGAAAAACACAGAAGAGAGGAAGAGGGGUUAGAAGAUGUACUGCAGCUGCCGGAGCGUAGUUACCAGCAAAUCAUGGAGAUGCUCGGCUAAACAGUGCCACCUGGUGUUCAAAUGUUUAAAAGACAGACUACGGACGACAGCAAUAUUGCUACAGUUGUCAGGUAAGGAAAAACUUCUUUUCUUCUUAUCUUUUGUGUGACACUAUAUUAUAAACUCAAUAAAAUAUUAAACAACAUAAAACAACAUUUCAUUAUAAUUAAAUAUUAUAUUAUUAUUAUAAUUAUACUAUACUAUACGUGAUACAGGUUAAGGUGCUACUCACAGCAGUUCACGUCUUCCAAUAGGACUCCUACCAGGUCAGGAAACAGAGGUAACUCUGUCUCAUUAGACGUUUGAUGGUCUCUGUUUUGACAAAUGCCUGUGUGCAGAGGAUGGAGACGGGGUCAUUACACGAGAUCUAGAGACCGCAACAAUGGAUGUGAAGACAGAACGGUUCGGUGUGGAGUUGGAACAGCGAGCAAUGGGCUCUCUACAGCUGCUGGCACUAAUGAGGAUAAUUACCCCAAUUUCCUCAUCAGCUCUGGAUCCUCUCUGACAAAGAGGCAGCAUUUGCUUCAAAGCAAGCAGCAGCUUCGUUUCUCAGUGGACCUGGCUUUGGUUAGUGGAACUACACUGCCUACUCCACUGUGGGGCCCGGGUUUCUCUUCUAAGUGACGUGGCACGUCUCCUUCAGGUUUAACAAGAACUUCUGGCGGACACGACGACUUAGACUUUUUUUGAGGAACAGACAAUGUCGGAGACGGUCCUGGUGACAGGUGGGGCAGGCUACAUCGGGAGUCACUGUGUGGUGGAGCUCAUUGAAGCAGGCUACCAGCCGGUCGUAGUAGAUAACUUCAGCAAUGCUGUCAGAGGAGAUGGGGGUGUGCCAGAAAGCAUUCGUAGGAUAGAGAAGAUUCUCGACACCAGCAUUGAGUUUCAUGAACUAGACCUUCUGGACCGACCUGGCUUGGAAAAACUCUUUAAAAAGCAUUCUUUCAGUGCUGUGAUGCACUUUGCUGGUCUGAAGGCUGUUGGGGAGUCUGUGGAGCAGCCGUUGCGCUACUACAGAGUCAACCUCACCGCCUCCAUGAACCUGCUCGAGGUGAUGCAGGCUCACAGGGUGCACGAUCUGGUCUUCAGCAGCUCAGCCACAGUGUACGGAGACCCCCAGCAUUUGCCCAUCGACGAGCAGCACCCUGUGGGCGGCUGCACAAACCCCUACGGCAAGACCAAAUACUUCAUCGAGGAGAUGAUCAAGGAUCACUGUAAGGCAGAGAAGAACUGGAACGCAGUGCUGCUCCGUUAUUUCAACCCAAUCGGAGCUCAUGCCUCUGGUCGGAUUGGAGAAGACCCCCAGGGUAUCCCCAACAACCUGCUACCAUACGUGGCUCAGGUGGCCAUUGGGAGGAGAGAGUGCCUCAGCGUAUUUGGGAAUGACUACGACACUGUUGAUGGCACAGGUGUGAGAGAUUACAUUCAUGUUGUAGAUCUGGCAAAGGGACACAUAGCAGCUCUGAAGAAGCUAAAGGACAACUGCGGGUGCAAGGUUUACAACCUCGGAACAGGACAUGGUUAUUCUGUGCUGCAGAUGGUAAAAGCCAUGGAGAAGGCAUCAGGGAAGGAGAUCUUGUAUAAGAUCGCUCCACGCAGAGGAGGAGACAUAGCAUCCUGCUAUGCUGACCCUCGUCUGGCUGAGAAGGAACUGGGUUGGAAAGCAGAAUUUGACCUAGAAAGAAUGUGUGAGGAUUUGUGGCGCUGGCAGUCAAUGAACCCAACCGGAUUUUCCAGAGGCACGGCCUCUUGAUGCAACUCCAGCCCAUUGUUGUUUAAAUCCUCUUUUAAAUCACUGGGCCAAAGCCAAAAAUCAACUUCCUCAUUUCUGCAUAUCGUAUGAACAUGUGAUGGGACCUCAAACAGCUGAACACAUGUUUAAUUUCCUGUUUUGUUUUUUAUAUUAAUGCUUUGGUUAUAUACAAAGAAUUAUGUUGUAAUUUC